AUGCAUGUGGACCUUUUGUCUCCCUGCAGCGCUGCCAAGCUUCUGGACAAGAGCCCCUUCUCUGUCAAUACCCAGAACCCUCUGCUCACUUCGCCAGCCAGCGUCCAGCUGGCCCAGAUACAGGCCCAGCUCACCCUGCAUCGGCUGAAGAUGGCACAGACCGCAGUCACCAACAACACUGCAGCCGCCACGGUCCUGAAUCAAGUCCUCUCCAAAGUGGCCAUGUCCCAGCCUCUCUUCAACCAGCUUCGGCAUCCGGCCGUGCUCGGCACCACGCACGGCCCCUCCGGGGUCUCCCAGCACGCAGCCUCCGUUCCCAGCGCUCACUUUCCCUCAACUGCAAUCGCCUUUUCGCCCCCAAGCCAGACAGGAGGCCCGGGGCCUUCUGUGAGCCUUCCCAGCCAGCCCCCCAAUGCUAUGGUGGUACACACCUUCAGUGGGGUGGUGCCUCAGACCCCUGCCCAGCCAGCUGUCAUCCUUAGCAUUGGGAAGGCUGGGCCUACACCGACUACUACAGGGUUCUAUGAGUAUGGCAAAGCCAACCCUGGCCAGGCGUAUGGCUCUGAAACGGAGGGCCAGCCAGGCUUCUUGCCAGCCUCGGCCUCGGCCACAGCAUCAGGCAAUGUGACCUAUGAAGGGCACUACAGCCACACAGGGCAGGAUGGCCAACCUGCCUUUUCUAAAGACUUCUAUGGACCCAAUGCCCAAGGGUCACAUGUUGCAGGUGGAUUUCCAGCUGAUCAGGCUGGGAGUAUGAAAGGAGACGUUGGUGGGCUGUUGCAAGGUACCAACAGCCAGUGGGAGAGGCCCCCUGGAUUCUCUGGCCAAAACAAGCCCGAUCUUACAGCAGGACCCAAUUUGUGGGCUCCGCCUGCCAGCCAGCCUUAUGAGCUAUAUGACCCUGAGGAGCCCACCUCAGACAGGGCCCCUCCUGCCUUUGGAUCUCGGCUUAACAACAGCAAGCAGGGGUUCGGCUGUUCCUGCAGGAGGACAAAGGAGGGGCAGGCCAUGCUGUUGAGGCCCCUGCAGGGUCAUCAACUGAAUGACUUCCGAGGCUUGGCUCCACUCCACCUACCACAUAUCUGUAGCAUCUGUGACAAGAAGGUGUUUGACUUGAAGGACUGGGAGCUACAUGUGAAGGGGAAGUUGCAUGCCCAGAAAUGCCUGCUCUUCUCAGAAAGUGCUGGCCUCCGGAGUGUGCGUGCUUCAGGAGAGGGCACACUGUCUGUCGCUGCAAACAGCACAGCUGUUUAUAACCCUACUGGGAACGAGGAUUAUACCUCAAACCUUGGGACGUCAUAUGCAGCCAUUCCAACAAGGGCCUUUGCUCAGUCAAACCCCACGUUCCCUUUGGUUUCCUCUGGGACAAGCUUUGCACAGAGGAAAGGUGCCGGACGAGUGGUGCACAUCUGCAAUCUCCCAGAGGGCAGCUGCACGGAGAAUGACGUCAUUAACCUGGGGCUGCCCUUUGGCAAGGUCACUAACUAUAUCCUCAUGAAGUCAACUAAUCAGGCUUUCUUGGAGAUGGCCUACACGGAAGCUGCCCAGGCUAUGGUCCAGUACUACCAAGAAAAGCCUGCGAUGAUCAAUGGCGAGAAGCUACUCAUUCGGAUGUCCACCAGAUACAAGGAACUGCAGCUGAAGAAACCUGGGAAGAAUGUGGCCGCUAUCAUUCAGGACAUCCACUCCCAGAGGGAGAGGGACAUGCUCCGGGAAGCUGACAGGUAUGGUCCAGAGCGGCCUCGUUCUCGAAGUCCGAUGAGCCGAUCACUCUCCCCGAGAUCUCACAGUCCUCCAGGCCCCUCUCGGGCUGACUGGGGCAAUGGCCGUGACUCCUAUGCAUGGAGGGAUGAGGAUCGAGAGACCGUCCCCAGGAGGGAGAACGGGGAAGACAAGAGAGACAGAUUGGACGUUUGGGCACAUGACCGGAAACACUAUCCCAGGCCUCUGGACAAAGCUGAGUUGGAUGAGCGGCUCGAAGGAGGAAGGGGCUACCGGGAGAAGUACUCGAAGCCAGGGUCUCCCGGCCCACUCCAUUCUGCGUCUGGCUACAAAGGACGGGAAGAUGGCUACCACAGAAAAGAGCCUAAGGCCAAGUUGGACAAAUACCCAAAGCCGCAGCAGGAUGUGCCAGGAAGAUCCAGAAGGAAAGAAGAGGUGAGACUACGGGAGCCUAGAUACCCGCACCCAGAGGACUCCAGCAAGGAGGAGGAUGUGGAGGCCAGGAUCCCUCGGGCCCCGGAGGGUACCAAGUCCAAGCAAAGUGAGAAAAGUAAAACCAGGAGAGCUGACAGAGACCAAGAAGGAGCUGAUGACAAAAAAGAAAGCCGACCGGCAGAGAAUGAGGCUGGAAGUGAGGAACAGGAAGGCAUGGAAGAAAGCCCUCCAUCCGUGGGCAUGCAGCAGGAAGGGACAGAGUCCUCUGAUCCAGAAAACAGUAGGACAAAGAAGGGACAAGACUGUGACAGUGGGAGCGAGCCCGAGGGGGACAACUGGUACCCCACCAACAUGGAGGAGUUGGUCACAGUAGACGAAGUAGGGGAGGAAGACUUCAUCAUGGAGCCGGACUUACCAGAGCUGGAAGAAAUCGUGCCCAUUGACCAGAAAGACAAAAUCCUCCCUAAAAUAUGUCCCUGUGUAACGACUACCUUAGGUUUGGACUCGGCCAAAGAUUUCACCAAGCAGGGAGAGACCCUAGGGAACAGAGACUCAGAACUCAGCCUGAAGCUGCCCGGACAAGCGCCGUCCGCUUCCACAAGCUGUCCCAGUGACACGGACAUGGAGAUGCCUGGCCUAAAUCUGGGUGCUGAGCGGAAGCCAGCUGAAAGCGAGACAGGCCUCUCACUGGAGGUCUCAAAUUGCUACGAGAAGGAGGCAGGAGGAGCGGAGGGCUCAGAUGUGAGUCUGGCCCCUGCGGCCCAGCAAAUGUCCUCCCCACAGCCAGCAGACCAGAGGGCCCAGCAGUCCAGCCCUUUUCUCGAUGACUGCAAGGCCAGGGGGUCCCCAGAAGAUGGGCCUCGAGAAGCUAGCCCCCUGGAAAGAAAAGCCAGCCCCCCUACUGAAAGCGACCUCCAAAGCCAGGCUUGCCAAGAAAACCCCAGGUACAUGGAAGUGAAAUCUCUGAGAUCACCAGAAUUCGCCGAAGCAGAGCUGAAAGAGCCCCUUUCUUUGCCAUCCUGGGAACCAGAGGUGUUCAGUGAACUUAGCAUUCCUCUAGGAGUGGAGUUCGUGGUUCCCAGGACUGGCUUUUAUUGCAAGCUGUGUGGCCUGUUCUACACAAGCGAGGAGGCGGCCAAAGUGAGCCACUGCCGCAGCACUGUCCAUUACAGGAACUUACAGAAGUACCUGUCCCAGCUGGCAGAGGAGGUCCUGAAGGAGCCGGAAGGGGCAGACAGCCCAAGCCCCGAGCACAGCGCCAUGGGUCCGCACUUGGAAAGGAAGAAGCUGUGAUACGGAGCGGGGCUGCCACCGUCUCUGGAAGGUGGAUGGGAAGCCUGCUGCGCUAAGGGCAGCCUGGCCUCGGGGACAGACCAGAGAGGAAGGAGAGCCAGGCGGGGCAUGGUGCUUGGGCUUGUUCUGGGAUAUGAGCAAAACAUGCUGAAGGCUGUCUGGGGGCUGGCUCAGCCUUCUGGGUCCAGCCACCAAGGGUGACCAGCUUCCCAUGGGCUCCUGAGCCCUUUGGUCUGCUCUUCCUCACUCCCUCUCACCUAUCCCUUCUGUGCCAAAGUUCAUUUCCUUCAUAAAACCCAACUUCUCAGGGAUUGUCACUGUGUUUCAAGGUUUGAUUGGAUAUGGUCGGUCCAUCAGUGAGGCUGGGCCACUUAAGGAAUAAGUUUAACGGAAGGCCUGGACUUAGUCACUCAGUGGACCUGCGGUGGCCUUGCAACCUGGCUUCUGUGGGUCCCACGGGUAGGAGAGCCGAGUCACAUUCUACAACCAGGGAAUUGGUUGGCAGGGGUGGAAGUGGUUUCACCAGGAUUUCCUCCAGGGGAACCCCAUCAUUUUGAAAAGCUUCUCUGUCUUUUUCAGUUUCUGGCUCGUGCUGGGAAUCAGACCCAGAAGCGUGUACGUUCCGAGCAGGCACUCUCCCUCUGAGCUGUAUGCCUAGCCAAAAUGUCCCAGGUUUUUGUUUUGAGACAGGGCUCGUGUAAUCCGGGGAUUGCGUUUAAUUUCCUCUGGAGCCAAGGUUAUCUCGAACUCCUCAUCCUCCUGCCUCUGCCUCUUGAGUGCUGUGAUCACAGGUAUUGUGCUGGGGGUGAAACCCAGGACUUCCAGCCAAGAGGCAAGCAUACCACUAUAUUUAGUAAGUCAUUCAUCCUCAGCUAUUCUAGAAAAAUCACUGCGCUAAUGCCUUAAUGUGUUAUUAUACUAUAUUAUACUAAUAAUGUAUUAUUAUACAUUAUUAGUAAUAAAUUCAUAUUCAUUUUAUGGAGCAAAAGAAGAACCCAAUAUUAAAGAAGCUCUGAUAGAGUCAAUCCAAACCUCUUGGUUUAAGGAUGGUUUGGGAUUUGUUCUAUUCAGGACAGUGAAUUUGGUAUAGAUUUGCUUUAUCUAAACUUGAGGCCAGCCAUGUCCUCUCCCUAUAUCUCAGGGAGGAAAUCGAUGCGGGCCUACAGUGCAUGCUGACCUCUGACCUCUGCACUGCUGGCCAGCAUCAGCCUAACCCAGGAGCAAGGGACUGGCAUCUGACCUUCCUUCAUCUUUGGUGCCUCUACUUUGGGGCUGUUGGUAUUAGAAUGAUUUGAAAAUGCUCUCCCAUUGAAGGAGAAACUAAGUCAUUUGGUUUGCUUGGUUCUUGUAGGUAGGAGUAGGGGACAGAGGGGCGGCUGAUGCCAACUUGGAGGUUAAAACAAUAGAACAGGUCCCUGAUUCUCAGCAGGGUCAGCAUCCCCAUCCCAUAUGUGCUGAAGGGUCUUAGUGGAAGGUUUGGGAUGGGUACUAUAAGACAUGAACUCUACUAGCGCCAUAGAAUGGACCCCAAAGUCAAAGAGAACCUGGCGCUGUCUUCAUGGGUGGGACGCCUCCUUGAAGAGGCCCACUGUGUGGGUGGUUUGCUUGUAGAAGUUGCCUCUUUAUGUUCCCAAGCAAAGGACGGUAGAUCAGAGAGGGAGCAUGUCUUCUCCCCCCCCCCCCAUCUUCCAUUAUAUACUCUGCACAAACGGAAGGGCGAUGCAGAAGUGAUUUAGUUGAGCACUGACAUUUUAUCCGUGAGGAAGCUGAGGCACAGAAAGGAGACAACAUAGAACCUAGAAUAACCAUGUGUCCACCUUGAGGCCUGUGGUUCCUGGGCAGGAGAGAACGUUUGGAAUCUAGGAAGGAGGAGUUAAGGCAAAGAGAAGCCAAUGUGGAAAGGAGUGAUGGGACAAUGGGGCUUCAGGAAGGUGUAAUCCAUGCCCUGGUGGAUCCCAGGGAGGUGGCCCAGCACCGUAGCCAUACGCAAGGCUUCUUCUAUUUCUCAGAAAACCUUUGACCUCUGGAAACAACUGCUGGCCACAUCCCUAAAUCCAUCAGCAUCUCCAUCAGAGGCUGGAUGCUUUAUCUUCCAGCAGACUGAGGUAGACCUCUCACCACCACUGUCUCCUCCGUUAGCAGCCUUUCUACGGAAAGCCACACAGCCCAGUUCUCAAGCAGUAAGAUGGUUCCCUUGGUUGUAAAUUGACCUUCAUAUUAGCAAAACUGAAGGGUGAAGGAAAUGGCAGUCUCUUUUACGGUUAAAGUCGUGGGUGGUUCUGUAUGUGUGUGAGUGUGUGUGUAUAUACACAUAUAUUUUUAUAUAAAUCCAUUGGCAUGGUCCUUGGCAUUUUUUUUUACUCCUGCAUGUGUUCCACACGUUGCAGUAUUGAAGACAACCAGGAAAUUAUUUAUUUCUUUUUAAAAACAUUAGUUCAGUGUCUCGUCAAUCAUUACAAAACGUCUCUCCCCAAGGUCACUCGUGAAUAGUUCCUACCUUGUACAAAGAAUUCCUUUGCACCCUGGGUUGAUAUGUCAGAAGGCCUGUGUCCUUUCCUGCUCACGGUGAGUACCUGGAGAUGCUCCAGGUGGCUUACCCAGAGGCUUUUGUGAACGUGUUGAUAUGAGCAUCAGCCUUUAGUGGUCAGGCUUCCCAUUCGUGGACAGUCCGAGGCGGUGAUCUGUGAGAUUAUACUUGAACUGGACCAGAGAUCGUUUUUUUUUGUUGUUGUUGUUUUGUUUUGUUUUAUUUUUUUUGGUGAGAUUUUGAAAAACAGAACUAUUAGUUAACUUAAGCUUGAACUUGUAAAGUAUUAGAAUAUUUUGAGUGUCUUAUAUAAAUUGUCACCACUUUUUCUGAUCUAUAUAAUUGACCUAAAGUGUUUGUUUUUACAAAAGGAAAAAAUGGUUUUUA